AUGGCCACUGAAUCCGACUCCCCGAAGCAUCUUCAGCCACUUGACCUUAUCUUCAGCUGUAACAUCUGCCAUGACUCCAUUAGUGACAUGCCCAGCCCCUCACCGGAUGAGAAAGAACUCGAAGGUAUCCGAAAACCGAUCGCUAAGCUUUGGAUGACCGAAUGCGCGCAUCUUGUAUGUGCAAAACACCUCGAGGGUGGAGCUCCUCCAUUCCAUCCCGCUGGACAACCACCCCGUGCCGUCUGUCCGGUAUGUGUCAACAGGCAGAACAAUCGCGCGCUUAAGCAGAUGUAUGCCGUCAAUGGCUUCUCCAAAGGUCAAUACGAUUCGGAGAUCCCUCAGCACUUCUUCCAAUGUCCGCCUGUAGCUCUUGAUAGUAAAGAGGGUGGCAUGGACGCGCUACGGUUUCAGUUCCUCGGCCUCGUCACAUAUGGAAUCGCAGUCGCAACUAAAUAUCGUAAUCUGCAGACGGCACACUCUCAUCUCAAAGACCAAGCAGACCGAAUGAAAUUGGAAAAGACGGAGGCCGAGACAGAAAUCCAAACAUUAACCGAGCGAAUUGCAUUGGCAGAGGAAGCAGAAAGAAGACGCAAAGCCAGAGAGCCUGAGAUCAAGCAUUAUCUUGAGCAGUUUGCCCUGGUGAAACAAGAGCUAGAUCGUCGCAAUGAAGACCUGAGUGCGCUCGGUUACCCUCCCCCUCGAUUCGAUUACACCUUUCCUCCUUCGCGAUUGUUUGAGGAUGAUGCGUCAAAUGGCCGAGCGACAACUUCACACACCGGACCUAGCGAACGCGCUGAUCGAGCCGAUCCGAGGAUUAUCGAGGAUCAUAUCCCCAGUGUCUCGAGCACUACUCUGCGGGCCGAUUCCUCAAGGACAUACACCGAAGACGACAUCCAGAGAACCGGUAACAAGAGGCAAAAGAUAGCCGACUACCGCUACAUACCGCAACACACGCAGAGCCCGUCGAGGAAUUUACCAGCUCAGAAGCGGCCUGGGAUAAGGCUUCCGCCCGCAUCAUCCCUCACACAGAGGAUCACUUCCAGAAGCACACAUUUUCAACCACCACCUGUUCCGUAUCAAACCAACAAUUUGCAACCCACUUUUGCCAAUCGAAGCGACGAUGUAUGUGCUGGUCCUCAGGGAAUGAGUGCUCAGCAUGAGACUUGGGUGCCAUGGGAACGUACAGAGGCCAAUCACGAACCCAACACCAGGUCUGACGGUCCGCCCUAUAUGAGUGGUGCUUUGCAGUCAGAUGACUCGGACUUCGCGAAACCAGCAGCACCAUUCAGGCCCCCGAAGCAGCUAAAGAGGAAGAUUCAGCCGGUCGACAGCAUCGAUGAUGUCUCAAGGUCUGACUUCAUCACUUCUGAGCGACUCAUAUCGAGCAUACCGUCUCAUCAGCAG